CGUUUAAUAUCCUAGUCCCCUGUAGUCGACGGGGGGAGGGAGACAGAAGGUCUUAGCCCCCUCGAAGGGGGACGCCAACACAACCCCUCACCUGCUUCUCCUCUUCCCUCGGCCUGCGGCGUCGGCACUGAGCAUGGUAUGAUUGGCAUGCAUGCAGCAGAGACAGUCUACGCUUUCUUGUGACCUGGCGCGAUCUCUUGGGAGACAUGUAUAAGGGGCGCAGUCCUGUUCUUUGGGACGCCUCUGAUGUCACCCAUUAGCCCAGAUCGUCGACUCUCUUCGUCUAGGCCGCGCCCAUUUUGCCUCCUUUUCUCUUCGCUAUUUUUUUCUGGGCUGUCAUUUUGCUCCUCUCCUGAGACUAUUUUCCUCCUUCCUGAACAGUAUCGGAUACCCUUCCAGAGUCUCAAUGUCGGACCUCCCGAUAGAAAAGGCGGUGCGUACGCACAGGGUCGAUAGCGGCACUACCGAGCCGCACGCAGAGCAUGCCUCCAGUAGCAGCAUGACAUCACCCGCCGAGCAGGAGGGCUCCCAGAUGCUCGGCUGGAGCCGCGUGCGCGAGUACUGCCGGGACGGCUUCUCGGAGUUCAUGGGCACCUUUAUCCUGUUGCUAUUUGGUGACGGCGUCGUCGCUCAGGUGGUGUUGAGCAAAGGCACCAAGGGCGACUACCAGAGCAUCUCGUGGGGCUGGGGUCUGGGCGUCAUGCUCGGGGUCUACGUCGGCGGCAAGUCGGGCGGGCACCUCAACCCGGCCGUGACGCUGACCAACUGUGUCUUCCGCGGGCACCCGUGGCGCAAGUUCCCCGUCUACUUUGCCGGCCAGCUCCUGGGCGCCAUGGCGGCCGCCUUCGUCGUCUACGCCAACUACAAGUCCGCCAUCGACAUGUUCGAGGGCGGGCCCGGCCUGAGGACCGUGACGGGCCCCAAUGCCACAGCCGGCAUCUUCUGCACCUAUCCGGCGCCCUUCAUGACCCGCACCGGCAUGUUCUUCUCCGAGUUCGUGGCCUCAGCCAUCCUGCAGCUCGUUAUCUUUGCCCUCGUCGACCAGGGCAACAUCGGCGCCGGCCCCUUCCUGCCCCUGGCCCUGUUCUUCCUCAUCUUCGGCAUCGGUGCCUGCUUCGGCUGGGAGACGGGCUACGCCAUCAACCUGGCCCGUGACUUUGGCCCCCGCCUGGUCUCGUACAUGCUUGGGUACGGCAGUGAAGUGUGGUCUGCUGGCGACUACUACUUUUGGAUUCCAAUGGUCGCGCCCUUCUUUGGAUGCUUGUUUGGUGCAUUUCUGUAUGACGUGUUCAUUUACACCGGCGACAGCCCGAUCAACACGCCCGUCAUGGGUCUUAGGCGCCUCACGCAGCCUCGGAGGAGUGUGUGGUCAAACACGUACAAGUCUCGGAUCACCUCAAAUGUCUAAACAGAAAGGAAAAAAAGGAAAGGAUAUUAGCAAGUCACUAUAGGAGCGCGGCAAAGGCGUCGUAGCAAAUUAUAGGGAGGGUAUGGUGUAUUAUAGCGGAUCGGGAUUCUUUUAUUAUGUGUGGUCGCCUUAGCAGAUUAGGGCUCUAUAAAACGGCACUAGCGUUACCAUAACUAGCCAUUUCUUUCGCGU